AGUUUAUUCUCAAAAACCCUUUCGCUUUUAUUUGAAGAAGAUUUUUAGGUUUAUUGGUAUUUACUUCGGAAGUGAUCCACACAUAUACUGCUGCUCUGCAGAUUUUGAUCUGCCCAUUGAUUCUUUUGCUUGUCUUUACGCAGGCCGCUCGAUUUUGAAGUGUGCGUUCCAGGAAAUCAUCUGGACGGGCGGCUCAUUCGAUCUACUUUUUGGUCUCUAACUAUUUUAAUAUUUGGAGGGCAUCUUUUACUAUUAGGAAAACAUGAGCGUGGUUGGUUUUGAUUUUGGAAAUGAGAGCUGUGUUGUGGCUGUUGCAAGGCAAAGAGGCAUUGAUGUUGUGCUUAACGAUGAGUCCAAGCGUGAAACGCCUGCUUUGGUAUGCUUUGGGGACAAGCAGCGGUUCCUUGGCACGGCAGGAGCUGCUUCAAGUUUGAUGAAUCCAAAAAAUACCAUAUCCCAAGUAAAAAGGCUGAUUGGUAAGCUGUUUUCAGAUCCCGAGCUGCAGCAGGAUCUAAAGUCUCUACCCUUUGCAGUGACUGAAGGGCCUGAUGGAUACCCAUUGAUACAUGCUCGGUAUUUGGGAGAAAAUAGGACAUUUACUCCAACGCAGAUUUUGGGGAUGGUGCUCUCAGAUUUGAAGAGCAUUGCAGAGAAGAAUUUGAAUUCAGCUGUUGUAGAUUGCUGCAUUGGAAUACCUGUUUUUUUCACUGACCUUCAGCGGCGAGCUGUUAUUGAUGCUGCAACAAUUGCUGGCUUGCACCCGCUUCGUCUUAUACAUGAGACAACUGCUACUGCUCUUGCUUAUGGUAUUUAUAAGACUGACCUAUCCGAAACUGAGCCCCUGAACAUUGCUUUUGUUGAUGUUGGGCAUGCAAGUAUGCAAGUUUGCAUUGCUGCCUUCAAGAAGGGUCAGCUUAAGAUACUGGCUCAUUCUUUUGAUCGGUCUCUUGGUGGUAGAGAUUUUGAUGAAGUUCUUUUCCAUCAUUUUGCUGCAAAAUUUAAGGAGGAAUAUAAGAUUGAUGUUUAUCAGAAUGCCAAGGCUUGUCUACGGCUUCGUGCUGGAUGUGAAAAGUUGAAGAAGGUUCUAAGUGCAAAUCCUGAGGCGCCCUUGAACAUUGAAUGUUUGAUGGACGAGAAGGAUGUUCGAAGCUUCAUUAAAAGAGAUGAAUUUGAGCAAAUUAGCAUUCCUAUUCUGGAACGUGUGAAGAAGCCUUUGGAUAAAGCUCUUGCGGAAGCAGGACUGAGCACUGAUAACAUACAUGCUGUUGAAGUUGUUGGUUCAGGUUCUCGAGUUCCAGCUAUUAUUAAGAUCUUGACUGAGUUCUUUGGUAAGGAGCCCCGUCGUACAAUGAAUGCAAGUGAAUGUGUUUCCAAAGGCUGUGCUUUACAAUGUGCAAUCCUUAGUCCCACAUUUAAAGUGAGAGAAUUUCAGGUCAAUGAAAAUUUUCCCUUUCCCAUUUCUUUGUCGUGGAAAGUUUUAUCUUCAGAUGCUCAGAAUGGAGCAGCUGAUAAUCAGCAGAGUACUAUUGUAUUCCCAAAGGGUAAUCCAAUACCGAGUGUGAAGGCAUUGACAUUCUACAGAUCUGGCACCUUCACAUUAGAUGUGCAAUACGCAGACGUUACUGAAUUGCAGGCGCCCUCAAAGAUUAGCACCUACACGAUUGGACCUUUUCAAUCAGCUAACGGUGAGCGUGCUAAACUAAAAGUCAAAGUGAGGCUGAAUCUUCAUGGGAUUGUUUCCAUUGAAUCUGCAACUCUGUUGGAAGAGGAAGAAACUGAAGUUCCAGUGGUAAAAGAACCAGCAAAGGAAACAACUAAGAUGGACACGGAUGAGGUUCCUGCUGAUCCUGCCGCACCAGGUGGCGCUGAGACUGAUGUAAAUAUGCAGGAUGCUAAACCAGAAGGCUCUGGUGCUGAAAAUGGUGUAUCAGAGUCAGGAGAUAAGUCAGCCCAGAUGGAAACAGAUGCCAAGCCGGAAGCUCCUAAGAAAAAGGUUAAGAAAACAAACAUCCCUGUGUCAGAGGUUGUGUAUGGUGGACUUCCUGCUACAGAUGUGCAAAAAGCAGUGGAGAAGGAAUUUGAGAUGGCUCUGCAGGAUCGGGUAAUGGAAGAAACCAAAGACAAGAAGAAUGCUGUUGAGGCCUAUGUUUAUGAAAUGAGGAACAAGCUUCAUGACAAGUAUCACGACUUCGUGACUGAUCCUGAAAGAGAUCAGUUUAUUGCUAGACUCCAAGAGGUAGAAGAUUGGUUAUAUGAAGAUGGUGAGGAUGAAACCAAAGGUGUGUAUAUUGCUAAGCUGGAGGAGCUUAAGAAGCAAGGUGAUCCUGUAGAGGAGAGAUACAAGGAACACAGCGAAAGGGGAUCUGUCAUCGACCAGCUAAUUUAUUGCAUCAACAGUUACAGAGAAGCAGCAAUGUCAACUGAUGCCAAAUUUGAUCACAUUGAUAUGGCAGAUAAGCAAAAAGUCUUGAACGAAUGUGUGGAAGCCGAAGCUUGGCUAAGGGAGAGAAAGCAACAGCAGGAUACACUUCCCAAGUAUGCAAAUCCAGUCCUUUUGACCGCUGAUGUGAGGAAAAAGGCCGAAGCUGUGGACAGGUUUUGCCGGCCCAUAAUGACGAAACAAAAGCCUGCUCCAAAGCCAGCCACACCUGAGCCACAGUCGCCGAAAUCUCCCCAAACCAACGAGCCACAAUCUGAGGGAGCAGCCGACAAUGCUAAUUCUAGCCCCGGCAAUGACAGCAAUACAGGGAAUGGAAAUGAAGCGCCACCGGCAGCUGCAGCCGAGCCCAUGGAAACAGAUAAAUCUAACAGCACUGCUUAGUAAUCAAAUCGACCAUUUUAUCUGCGUCUCUCAGGUUUCUCCUCCUCCUCCUACUCUCUAUAUGAGUGACUGUCUAAACCUUAAUUUGCCAUGAAAUGUUUGAUGAUGUGAUAUGACAUGUUUUGGGAUCGUUUUGUUGAUGGUUAUAAUCCUGUUUUUUGGUUUUUUUCGGAAACUAAGGAUUAUUAUUUGAUGAUUUUGAUUUGGUUUCAUUUCGUCCUGGUUUUCGUUCAGUCUGUAGUGUCCAGAAACAGGCAAAAGGGAGGCUACACUUAUUAUUAUUAGUUCUACCUAUUACUAUUACUAUUUCCUUUGUGCUUCCAAAUUUUGACUAUGGGAAGGAGACACACUUUUAUGGA